AUGAAAGCAACUGAAGAAGUGGAGACUCUCUGCAACCAAACAGAUGGUCCUCCAAAGAAGAGGAGAGGCAGAACUCCUCACCAAACAUGCAACUUGGAGAAACCCAAGAAGAAACCACGAUCUGCUUACCUGCUCUACUACUUUGAUAUUUACCAAGUGAUGCAACGAGAAGUGCCAAAUUUACCUCAGUCAGAAAUAAACAAGCGCAUCAGUGAAAGCUGGAGAAAGCUCAGCGUAGCAAAGAAGAGUUACUAUAUUGAGAAAGCCAAGUCGGAGAAGGAAGGCCCAUACUCGCCUUUACCCAAUCUGUCAAGUGAGCUUCCAGGAUUCCGCAGAAUCCUCCCCAGAGGAGGUGAAGCAGAGCCGUAUCCACAGGCCGAGGAGUCAGCAGAAGAAGUGGUUUCCAAACCACGCAGGAUACUGCCGUACCCCUCCUUCACUGUUUUAUCCAACACUGAGUCGUCUCUCAGUUCUGUCAGUGGGUCAAAAGCACAUGAGGAAAAACCACAAGUUGUUGCCUUAAUACCCACUCAGAAUCUGCUGGGGCAAAGUUCAUUAAGCGCUGUCACUCCCGUGGGGUCAGUAAUGGUGAUGCCCAGCUUAGAGCAAAACCCCAAGCCGCCUUACACCAUGCCAGUGAAGACGUACACCAGAAGAGGCCGCGGUAAAUGCUCCAAUCCUGAUUGUUCAUUUAUUUAUGUCACGCGACACAAGCCCCCAAAGUGCCCCGAGUGUGGGCAGUACCUAGGCGGGAAAUGGAUCCCUGUUGACAAGAAGGGGAAAUCUAACAAAAACAAAUCCAGCAAUAGUGAUAAUAAGCCAAAAGAGACAACAAUUGAGAUGAAACAAUCUGGAGCUGAUAAAGAAGUUACAAAAACAAAACGGAAAAAAAGACAACAGGCAUCCACCAAUGGUCAGCAGUCACCACUAGAGGGCAGCAGCAACAAUGACCAGACAAUUAUUCCAGGCGUUAUUCUUCACACAGGAAUAUGUGUACGCAGACCAAAAGACGGCAACACAAGCCAGGACAAAUUACUUCUUCAGAUUAAACCAGUGAGACGCAUCCUUCCUGCUUUCUACAGCAAAAACAAUGAAAUGUUCAAGUUGAUGACUGUGUUGCACAACAAAGUGGAAAAUGCAAAUUCUACAGUGAUUCAACAGUCUCUAGCAGGACUCAAACCAAGCACUUUGAAACAGCUGGGACAGAUAACCCCAACAAACUCAGACAAACAGAUUUCCCCCACGUCAGUGGAAGCCCCGCCUCCUGUGGCGUCACUCGACCAUAAAGUGAACCUUGUGUCUGUGGUGCCUUCUAAACCACACACUGCCACUAACUUUAACUUGGGGCUGGCGACUGCCCGUGGAAGAGGUUGGUGCAAAAACCCUGCGUGCACUUUUAUGUAUAAGAACAGACAUAAGCCUGCAGUGUGUCCCAAAUGUGGCUCAUCAUUGAAUCAAAAGGACAACAAGGGAAUAAAGCCGGACACGUUAUUGGACCCCUACAAGAACCUGACUCCGUCCCAAAAGGAUCUCCAACGACAGUCGACCAUUCUGCUGGUGCAGCGGACGCUUCAGUUCGCCGAGAGUGAGGCGGAUCUCCAGGAGACGCUGGACCUAAUCCACGAGCUCAACAAUCUCCAGAUCGUUGUCGUCCAACACAGCGACCCGGGGCCCGAGGAGAACGUGGAGACGGAGACGCUGUUUGAGUCGGGCUGGCCGCAUUUGUUUGAGUCUGCAUCAACCCACUGCCACCUCUGUAACUACCCUCUGUUUAAAGGGGGACUGAAAUCUGUUGCGGGGCAGGUGGAGUGCUGGCUCCUCACGGAAACUCUGAUGCAAACGGUUUCUCUUCAACUGAAAAUAUGUCUCAAUCUGCAGUGUCUGGCUCUGUACAGUUUCACAGACCUCCAUGCAGGCUUGUUCAACAUUGGUAACAAAUUGCUCGUUACUAUGGACUUGUUUCUAAAGAUCCGAGCCAAUCUUAAAGUUGUCCAAAAUCCUUCUCAAGUCUUAGAGAGCAUUCUGGACCAUGUGCCCGGCCACCCGAUCCACACAUUGACUCCAGGUGAACUCGGCCACAUCCAGGAGCUCCUGCAGUGUGGAUACUGGGCUUUCGAAUGUCUGACUGUGCGAGAUUACAACGACAUGAUCUGUGGGAUUUGUGGGUUGGCUCCAAAGAUUGAAGUUGCUCAAAGACACAAGAGCACGUUGGCCCUUGAGAAUGUAGAGUUCAUCUGGCCUGAGAGCUCGGACUCGGACGAGGUGUUGGUGGAUGACUUCUGGCUGACCAUGGAGAGUGAGGCUCUGGAGCAGGCCAUGUUUCUCUCUUUUGCUCACAUCAUUCGGGUGGACGCUUCCAUCAUUGCUCCAUUCAUCCCUCCUUUAAUGAGGAGUGCCACCGUCAUGAACACGGAGAAAUACAAGAUCCAAAUAGAUGCCGCGUCUGAUACAGCUGAACCCUCAGUUCUGGUGCGUCUCAUCCACGACGGACACCUGAGACUGGAGAAACUUGAAGAACACAGCGACGAAGAGUUGAGAGCGGUGCUUCAGAAAUGUGGGGGUUGUGUCACUCAUGAAAUGACAAAGAGUGACCUCAUGGUCUCGCUCCUUUCCCUCUACACUCGAGUUCAUAACGGUUUACCUUCAGCUCCAGAGCCGUGUCCUCUCUUUACAGCAGGAAAACUGACCAAAGUCUGCCCCCACAAGGUGGUGUCUGUCUCCAAGUGCCUGAUCAGAAGGGAGUCGGCUCGGGACCACAUCGACCUGCUGCUGUCCUCUCGCUAUUGGCCUCCAGUGUACGUCAGCGACUGUGCCCAGCAGGUGGCGCUCUGUGCUGAUUUGCAAUACCCUGACCUGGCAACACAGAUGUGGGGCAGGAACCAGGGGUGCUUCUGUGACCCGUUUGAGAAGCCAGAGUUUGUGUCCUGCGCUGAGCUCCUGCCGCAGACACAGAGCCCUGACUUUGACGAAACACCACACGUUCACCCUGUAACCAGCUCCGUAUCCCGCUGGCUGGUGCACCCCCCUGAGGACCCCAACCCUGAGGGACCCCCGCCACCGAAACACCACUCUCCACUCCUGUGCCAAGAGCUGCAGCCGGACCUGGAGCUGCUACGAGAACUGAAGCCGAUUAAAGACAAUCCAGAGGACACAGAGAAGCCUGUGGUCUUUAAGAACACUCCUCAUUACUACCUCUACAAUCGCCUGCUGGACUUCCUCACCAGCAGAGACAUCGUGAACCAGCAGGUGACUCAAGUUCUGCAGUCUUGUCAACCAGGCGAGGUGGUCAUCCGGGACUCGUUGUACAGACUGGGAGUGGCAAAAAUUGACACAGAGAAAGAGGAAGAGGUCAUAGAAGCAGUAACAGUCGAGCCUAUUGUCCAAACAUGA